AUGGCAGCAAAAAAGAAAUCACAAAAGAAGAAACAAGAACAAGAAGUUGAACAAACACAAGAGCAAGAACAACAAAAUGAAGAAGUAUCAGAACCAGAACAACCAAAUGUAGAAGAGACAAAAGAAAAUGUAGAUGUUGUUGCAGAGCCAGAGCCAGAGCCAGAGCCAGAACCAGUUAAAGAAGAAGAGAUACCAACUGCAACUACUUCCACUACAACAGAGGAAACAAAAGAUAAAACAGAGACAUCUGAAGAUAAACCAAAAAUUGAAGAAGAAGAAGAAGAAGUUAAAGAGACAGCUAAAGUAGAAGAGAAACCAAAACAAAAAUCACCAGCUAAACAACAACAACAACAACAACAAAAACAAUCUUCACCACCACAACAACAUCAACCAAAGCCAGCACCAGCACCAACACCAGCACCAGUUUCAUCAGGUUGGGGAGGAUGGUUUUCAAGUGUUGCUAGUGCAGUCUCGUCAACUAUCAAUAAUGCUUUGGCAGAUGUCGAACCAGAUCCAGAACCAAUCAUUGUCGAUGAGAAUAUGAAACCAAUCAACAACACCUCCAAAGACGACAACAACACUGAAGAGAAACAAGAGUCAGAGACUGAAACCACUGAAAAGAAAGAGGGUGAAGGUGAAGGAGAUGAAGAGGAAGAUGAAGUAGAAGGUUUACUCGGUGUAAUCGAUAAAUCUGUAUUUAAAACAGCUGAUCUAAUUGCUGAUUCACUUAUGUUUGCUGGAAAUUUAUUCUCGAGUGGAUUAAAAACAGUACAAGAGAAUGCAAAGAUGGAGAAUGUAAAAGGAUUGGCACAGAAUGUAGCAGACCUAUCGAUUGAAACCACAAGAAAAGCAGCCAACUCUGAGAUCUAUGAGAAGGGUCAGAAGAUUGCUUCGCAAAUGAUGGAUACAUCGGUGGAGAGAUUGGAAUCGGUUGGUCAACGUGCUUAUACAAUGUUUUCAGAGACCAAAAAGAAUAUUGCUGCCUCUCAGCCAACUACUACUACCACCACCUCAACCAGCAGCAGUAGUACUUCACCAACCACCUCACAAUCCAAUGUAUUGUCACCAUCGUCACCUAAAUCACCAAAUCAACAAUCGCAACAACUCAGCAACUCUGGUGGUGUUGCUGCUGCUGGCGGUGAAAUAGAUGUUGAGAACGAAGUGGUUUUCAAGGAUAGCGAGUUUGACAGUACCAAAUGCUUUGAACAUUUCAAGGUGAAUGCAAUUCAACAGGAGAUCGAGAGAAUCACCAUCGAAUCAACAAUGAAGAUUCACCAAUUCAAUAGAAAGCUCUCCAAAGAGAAUAGACCAUCCGUUGAAAUCAUAUUCUCUGAAAUCAAAGAUCUAGUGGAAUCCGAUGAGAUCGAUAUGUCUGAGAAACCAAAGAAUUUAACAAAUGUAAAUUGUCUAUCAUUAUUAUCUACAUUACAAAAUAAUAAUAAUAAUAAUAAUAAUAAUUAUACUAAUACUACUACUACCACUACUUCUAGAUUGGUACAUUUGACUGCACUUGGUUUGGAGUUGAUCGAUGCCAUCGGUCAAGCCAGUCUAGAUGAGAAACCAGAGAACGCUGAUCAAGAUAUCAAACAAUGGACACUCUCAAAAGCAAAAGAUUAUUCUUAUUUAAUUAAUAAGAUUAUUUCUGAUAUUAAGAGUGUAUCAUCUAUUUUAACAGAGAUCAUUAAAACAAAACAGAAUCCACAGACCAGAAAGUUUUUGAAUACCAUUUCCAUCGAGACAAACAAUACCAUUUCAAUUAUUUCAGAUUGCAGAGCAUCCUUUGUUGCUAUUUGUUCAAUUAUGUAUAUCAAUCAAACAAAGAAUAAAUAG